ACUAAUUAAAUGCCAUCUGGGUGGCUCCUCUGGGUUUUUGAGCCCAUCACCCAGUUCAGACCGAGUCAGAGGCCAAGGAGGAGAACAUGAUGAUGGACCUUUUUGAAACUGGCUCCUAUUUCUUCUAUUUGGACGGGGAAAAUGUUACCCUGCAGCCCCUAGAAGUGGCAGAAGGCUCUCCUUUGUAUCCAGGGAGUGAUGGUACCCUGUCCCCCUGCCAGGACCAAAUGCCCCCGGAAGCUGGGAGCGACAGCAGUGGAGAGGAACAUGUCCUGGCGCCCCCAGGCCUGCAGCCUCCCCACUGCCCCGGCCAAUGUCUGAUCUGGGCUUGCAAGACCUGCAAGAGAAAAUCUGCCCCAACCGACCGCAGGAAGGCCGCCACUCUGCGCGAGAGGAGGAGGCUGAAGAAAAUCAACGAGGCCUUCGAGGCACUGAAGCGGCGGACUGUGGCCAACCCCAACCAAAGGCUGCCCAAGGUGGAGAUCCUGCGGAGCGCCAUCAACUACAUCGAGAGGUUGCAGGACCUGCUGCACCGGCUGGAUCAGCAGGACAAAAUGCAGGAGCUAGGCGUGGACCCCUUCAGCUACAGACCCAAGCAAGAGAAUCUUGAGGGUGCGGAUUUCCUGCGCACCUGCAGCUCCCAGUGGCCAAGUGUUUCGGAUCAUUCCAGGGGGCUCGUGAUGACUGCCAAGGAAGGAGGGACAAACAUUGAUUCGUCAGCCUCGAGCAGCCUUCGGUGCCUUUCUUCCAUCGUGGACAGCAUUUCCUCGGAGGAACACACGCUCCCCUGCGUCGAGGAAGUGGGGGAGAAAUAACUCGCGGCCGGAGACGGUCUCCACGCAGCAGCAAAAGCCCACCCUCCUCCUCCUCCUCCUCCGCCUAAUCCUGUAGAUGAGGUCACGUUACGUGAAUAUUUAGGAACCCUGACUCAGGAGCUCACGAAAGGGAAGGGGACAUCUUCGCAAAGAAACUUCUCGGAAGCUGUUGCGCACGCUCGGAGGAGAAGCCUCGCAGCCUUGGGCUUUUCUUCGGCGAACUGCGAGUGGCUUAGAUCUACAGCAGCCUUGGUUUUUGCUGGGUGGGCUCUGUAACAUAUUUACGUUUCCUAUGGUGAUCCUUUUGUGCCCUGUGCAAAAGAAGUUCAUUCCUGUCUAAAGCAAAGUGGGAACGUCGCAACUGUUAGUGGGAUUGAAUGUAUUUUUGUAAAUAAUCUUAGUACUUUCAUUUUUUUAUGUCAACCUAAGAAAUAUAUUUUAAACGUGGAGUGACGUAUUGUAUACAUAGCGUGCAAGGAUCCUGGUAUUGUUAUAUUAAAAAGAUAAGUUUCUAUA